UUUUUAUUUCGCGGUGAAUUUAUUUAUUUCAAUUUGAUUCGUUCGCGAGAAUGAUCGGUCAAGUUUCAGCCGAACUUCGGAGAAUCCGACGUAGCGGUGGGUCCGUCGACUGUGCGUUCAUGUGACGAUACAUUUGAACGUGCGGUAUGGUGAAAAUUGGAAAUUUCAUAGCGUGGAAUUGAAACUCCUGUGGGUAUAACUGCGGAGAAGAUGAAAAAUUCGCGAUUCAGCUUCGUUCCUCUGCAGUUGUGCCGCGGAAAGUGUGUAAAAGGACGAAAAAAUUCAAAUAAUCGUUUCACCUUCUCCCGCAAGAUCGGACGCGAGCUUCGAUCGAAUGUGAUAUGAUAUGGACGAGAAUUUCGCCCGAAUAGAAAAAGUCAAACAUAAUAAACGAAGAUGAAGUGAGCCGUUCGCGGCUUUCGAACGACGAGAUGAUUCAGGAUUCGCUCCGGCGGCAAUGAUCAAAGUUCGCUUUCACGUGGGAGAUUUCAAAAAUAUUGUACCGUAGACUUCUCUAUGGUUCAAAGAAUCCUGAUAAGAGUGAUUGCAUUUUACUCGAUCGAGAUCAAUUGCGGAUACGACGAAAUAAUACGGUGGGGCGACGAGUUCGCCAUUAAUAAAACAUUAUACCCGAUCACUUUGAUAAACGAUCUUUUUCAACGCAUGCCUCGUUCCUUCAUGUAUUAUAGAGUUCAAUGCGCGGAACUGACGAUAGUUAACAUUGCACGUACAUUAAUACAAUAUCAACUGCGUAAUUCGUAUGAUACAGUGUUGUUGUUGUUGAAUCUUGUAGCUAAAAAGCCGGGCACUGUAAUCUCGGCAACAUAACAAACAUUGGUUGAAAUAUUCGAGGCAAUUUAAAAUCGAAAAUCGUACCCGAGCCGCGUGUCAUCACCGCAUGGGAGGCAGCAAUACGAGCACAUGGGAAAACAGCUGGUAUCCAUGACAACAUUGGAGGCGAUGCGGUGCCGGAGAUCAUUUAUUAUACGGGGGAGACUCGAAUUCGGAAAUUUACUUGCAGUGAAAAUUAGCUGUCAACCGAAAUUUGAAUUCUGUUUAUCAAUAUUCCAGACAAUAUGCGAAAGGGUUUGUUCGUACAAUAACAAUUUCGGACCAAAUGCCGAUCGAUCGGCGUGCGGGUAGGUGCAAUAACUCCGCGGUGGUCUUUUUUUUAAUCCUGCGGUAUUUUCUCUGCAACGUCGAGGAAUUUAGUUUGCAAUGGCACACGGGUGACGAUCGGAUGAACUAAAAUUUGCAUCGUAGGAUUCGAUGAUUUAUAUUUGAUCCCGUUGCAUCCGCGGAAUAAUGCGUGUUUAUACGGAUUCGGACUACAAAAAUUUGGUAUUCAGUAUAUAGUAGAAACGCUAUCAUUGCCUUUGGAUUAAAAUCGUUGUAACGGUGAGAUUGGUCUCGUUAAUGUUCAGGUAAAAUGUAUCAUCGAGUCUUAUUCUUUACCGACAAGGUUUAACCGUGACCUUUUGAACCGCUUUAUGCACUCGACUCGGGGAAAUCUCCUUGUUUCGAAAGCUGAGAAUCAGCUCUAGAGAAUCCCCCUCCUAAAAUUAAUCGAGUAGUCCACGCACCGUUUCGGCAUCGAAUCACCUUCGCUUUUCGCAUAGGUGUAGGACUUUGCUCGGGUCCGAUAUAUCGUAACGCGUCGAGAAAAGACGAAAUAAAGAAAAAUCAAUAAGAAUCACUGAUGAACACGCAACCCUGUCGAUGAAUAUGAAUAGACCCGUUACAAGUUCAAUCAUCAUUGCAAAUUCGGAAUAAUUUUCACCGAUAAUCCUGGACCGAAUACCAAGCGAAUAUACUGCGACGGCGAAUCGUUUACUUUUUUAUUUUAUACCUGCCCUGCCGCAGGAUCGCAUCACGCGAUAAGUUCUUCGACUUGUACGUAUGUACGUCGUGCAGCGCGGAUCUAUCACCGUAAGAAUCCAUUGAUUCGUACGAGAUUAACGUGACAGAUAAUUUCCCUCGCGAUAUAGAUCAGUAAAAUCCCCAGUAAUUCUGCCAUACUCGUGCCGAUUAGUAUCCGUAAUAACGGAAUAAUACCUAUGAUGCAUGCAGUGUCCAUACUUUCGAUGAGAAUGGCAUAUUCCGAACACACUUUCGACGUGGUAUUUAGGGCUGGAAAAAUUUUGGCGCAAAGAAUUGUCGGUUUCCAAUAACUGUGAUUUGACUAUUGCCGGAAAAAAUGAAGACGUUCACCUGUGUCCGGGAACACGAGAGCGUCAAAGAUAAACAUCGUCGAAUAAUUUUCUUGAGACCGACACGUGGAAAUCGAUUUAUAGUAAACACCAAACGCCCCACGGCAUUUCAAAGGCAAAUUUAGACUCCGGUAGCCUUUAUCGGUACGAUCGUGAUCCUGAUGACCUUCGCGGCCGAGGCCUUGUCCAAAGCAACGCGACGAUUCUACAUCCGGAUGGAAAAAUAAUUUUAUUUCCAUAUUCUCGCCGGUAUAAGUUAAUGAAAGAAUCACAUAAAGCAAUUCGACUAAACUUUGUUCAAGCUGUCUCGGACAGAUUAGGAUUAGAAUUCACCGUGCGUUAGGCCUCCGCAGCUUCGAUCUUGGAUCCAUUGAAUGUUCGUUGCCCCUUUUGUUAUUAUUUUUUUGCUUUUUUGUGAGCUAUGAUUGUAUCCUCGCCGAGUUUGAACUGAGUAUCACAGGUAAUACACCUGGAUUUAUCUCCAUUAGAAUUUUGAAGAGUCUGAUGCUCGAAAAUUCAAUGCGGGUACCUGGUAUGGAUCGUGCGGUAAAACGUUCAGAGGAGGAGGAUCUUUGAGUGAGAAAAAAAGUACCGAUUGCGGACGCGAAAUCGUUGAUAUGCACGUCGAAAUCCGAAGGCACGUAUUCGUAACGCUCUUGCCACAGAGAAACAGUGAAAGUAUACACACGGGCAUUUUAUUUAAUCGGAUGCUUUUGCUCGUGCCUAUGUAUACAUAGGUAUGUAGCGAUACCUACUCGGCUAGACAUAUGGAGAUCUCAUCGAUAGGUAUAUCUUUGCACACGCAUGUACAUACAUACAUACAGAUGCAUGUAUGCGAGUAGAGCGAUCGUAUUUAUAGCAAUCCCGAAUGGUGUUGGUGAAAUGUACGACUUCUCGCGUUCGUGACGAUGACGUAUAGAGUAUACACAUGUAUGUACGUACAUAGGUAUAUCUAUGUACGUAGAAGUGUUACGAGUGAAAUGAAAUUAAGAAUCUCGAAUUGCUAUGACUCUCGUAUUUCGGGUUUAAAGAGUACGGGUAUGCUACUGCGCUGUUUCGCUCCCCGCAGCAUAUUAGGCGAGCCCGGAUGGGUAUUCGCAAAGUUCCAAUCGUGCAUGUAAUGAUGAUAUAAGCCGCGAAAAAGUAACACAACGCCAGGCUCGUUAUGGGUCACAAUGACGAUUAGAUUAUAAUAGUUAUGAUGAUUAUCAGUUACACAAUUCUGCAAGGCGAUUUUCAUCCAUGAUUUUUAAUUAAUUAAACCUACGCAGAGGACAAUUUUACAUAAUUUCUUCAUCUUGUAUCACAUAGAAACGUUCCAGAACUAAUCAAAUUCCGAUAAGCAGCCUACCAGCAACCGAUCUCGCACGAUGCAGACUCUGUUCCGAAGAUUUUUGUGGAUGACAUUAAUUAUUGUUGGAAGAGCUGCCAUAGUUCCACCGCCUUGGGCCAAUCCUUCGAACAAUCCUUGUGCUGCUCAGCCUCGUGGCUGGCAGUUCUUGUAUUGGCCAGCCGACGGAAAAUGUUACAAAAUAUUUCAGAUCGGAGCUCCGUGUCCACAGACAAUGGAACUGAGCCCCGCGGCUGAAGGCGGAGGAACUGUCGCAGAAUGUAGAUGUCCACCAGGAACGGCACAGUCUCCGCGAGACGCAUUAUGUCAUCCAAUAUUCACAAGGGGGUCCUGUAGUAAGGGACAAUAUUUUGCACCUGUUCCGGAAACUGGUGGAAAGAUAAGAUCAAAACCACGAUGGGGUGUGUGCCGAGAACCAGAUGUUUGCCCCGAAAAGAGCCAGCUUUUCUGGCCAAAAGAUGGUAAAUGUUAUGCAAAGCUAUCAAGAGGUCCUUGCCCAAGGGGUGAGCUGCUCGUUAUGGGAGAGGACAACUUAUCUGUAUGCGCCUGUGCCUCUGCAGGAGAAUUAGGUCGAUAUCAUUGGCCAGGGGAAGGCGGUGGUUGCCAUGAACAUUACACUAAAGGUCCGUGCACUGAGAACGGAGAGUUAUUCUUACCAGGUGGACAUUGCGGCUGUCAUAGCAGCCUUCCUCAUUAUCAUGUGGAAUCGAAAAUGUGCUACCAAUUAGACGGACUAGGGCCCUGUCCGAUGGGCCAUCAUUUUAUUGUUACAACAACGAAUCAGCCUGAUACGAUAACGCCAAUUCGAGCAAAGUGCGUCUGCAAGUCAGGCCAUAUUCUUUACGAGAACGGUUUCUGCUAUAGACUUUAUACUAGAGGACCAUGUGCAAAUGGUGAAAUGCUAAUAAAUGCUACAACUUGUGUCCCGGUGCCAUGUAAGCGAGGAAGACUGUAUUUUCCACAAGAGAAAACUUGUUAUAAGAUUGGUUCGAAAGGACCAUGUCCAAAUGGGCAAUUAGUUCUGUACGAUUAUAACGUGAGACCUUCUCUCGAUGGAAUUAGUUACAACGGAGUUUGCGGAUGCACAAAGACGCUAAAAGAGUCGGGGAAAUGUUCUGAAGAUGUAAAAGAGAGCUGCAGCAGCACACCAGGCGUGGUUGUGAUCAAUAAAACAUGUUACAAACUAUACAGUCAAGGACCUUGCGUGGAAGGUGAAUGGUUGGUUGCUCAAAGAGCACCGAAAAGCGAUUUGUGGCAAUCUGAAGUUGAAGCAAGACCAAGAGCUAGAUGUGAAUGUAGACCAGGAUAUGAAAGAAUUACCGAGAUUACAGAAGUAUCGGAGGUGGAUAGUAACAGUGUAAUUUCACCCGGAGGAUGUCAGCCACCUGCGGUGAGCCUGGCAAGGUUCCUCAAUAAGCGUAUCAAGUCUGUAGAUUUUCAAGUUAAGUGAACAAAUAGUUCUCAGAAUCGAGAAAGAAAUAAGGAUCUCAUAUUUUGAACAACCAACACUACUGAGCUUGGAGUAAGAAACACUUUUCACCAUUAACAAAAUGUGAUAAUAGUCGUUACUAGAUAGCCUAAAGAGCGACAAACUAGUUGACCGAGUAUAAGAGGUGUAACCGAGUAACCAGUCGUUACUUAUUUGUGCCACACCUGGUUGAAGCUUCUUCUUAAAGAUCAACCUAUUAUCCAUGGGAACAUGAUACUGAAUUCGAAUAUCAACAGAAAUGUUUCGUGAACUGACGAAAGAUGAACAAUGGACAAUACCAUUCGACAUGCAUAUUGUCAGCUAAGAACUCCUAUUUAUUUGACGAGUAAUAAAAAUCCUCAACUUUUUGAAUAACUAGUUGUAAGUUGUAUCAAAAUCAUACUCACAAGGCAUGAAUCAUUAUGUAUUCGUACCUUUUUAUUCUAUUUGUAAAUAAAGAUUGACCGUACUCACCGGUAUUUAUG